GAGUGCAUAACCCUGGAAGUAUAAUACCGGUGCAUGUGAGUCGGGUGAUAAAUGAAUGGUAAGUGUUCAGACCGGAAAAAAAUUCCCUAAGGAGUAGACGGUUAAAAGAAUGUGGACAUUUUGAGCUGUUUGCUGGUAGCAUUGUAAAUUAGGAGAACAGCGCUGCGAUGGGGAAAGGAGGGAAACAGAUGUCCACGUACUCGUUUGAGGAAGUGUCCAAACACGACAAACAAGAUGACCGAUGGAUCAUAAUCAAUCACGAAGUAUACAACAUCACAAACUGGGCGAGACGUCAUCCUGGCGGCUCCAAGGUCAUCGGACAUUAUGCAGGACAAGAUGCUACUGAUGCUUUCCGAGCCUUUCACAAUAACCUUGACCAGGUCCAGAAGUACCUCCUCCCCAUUCAUAUUGGGAGUGUUCAGAAGGGGGAAGUUAACGUCAAUUACUCUCUGGAGAAAGACUUCAGGGACCUCCGACAAACUGCUGAGAAAAUGGACUUGUUCAAACCCAGCUACCUGUUCUUCUUCGUACACCUGGCUCACAUCCUGGCGAUGGAAGUGAUGGCUUACUUCACAUUGUAUUACUUCGGUACCGGAUGGAUCCCAUUCCUGGUCUCUGUCUGUUUAUACGCAACUGUGCAGAGCCAGAUUGGAUGGUUGCAGCAUGACUUCGGACAUCUCUCUGUAUUUAAGGCCAGCUGGCUCGACCAUGCUUUUCAUUUUUUUACGAUAGGAUGUAUCAAGGGUGCUUCUCCUAGCUGGUGGAAUCAUAUGCAUUAUCAGCACCAUGCCAAACCCAAUGUGAUGGGCAAAGAUCCUGAUGUCCGUGUAGAUCAGCUGUUUGUUGUGGGUGAAAGAAUGCCUGUAGAAGUUGCUAAAUCCAACAAAUCCAGCAUGCCGUACAACCAGCAACAUAAGUACUUCUUCCUCAUUGGUCCACCACUACUUUUCCCAGUUUAUUUCCAGUUUAUGUUGUUUAGGCAUAUUUUCACCAGAAGGUUAUGGAAGGAUUUCAUCGUGGUCAUGGCCUUUUAUGUGAAAUUUUUCUACUUGUAUACAAAUAUACUAGGAUUAGGAUGGACUCUAGUGUAUUAUGAAAUAAUGAGAGUGCUGGAGAGUCACUGGUUUACCUGGGUGAGUCAAUCGAACCACAUCCCGAUGGACAUAGACCGAGACACCGCUGAACCAUGGAUCAAACUGCAGUUGAAGGCCACUUGUGAUAUUGAACAAUCCUUCUUCAAUGAUUGGUUUACUGGGCAUCUCAAUUUCCAAAUAGAACACCACUUGUUCCCCACCAUGCCACGACAUAACCUGUAUAAAAUCCAGCCACUUGUGAAGUCCUUGUGUAAAAAGCAUGGAAUUUCGUACCAAAUGAAAACCCUCUCCCAGUCUUUUAUCGACAUUGUGAAGUCCUUGAAGCACUCGGGCGAACUCUGGGAGGCAACCCUGCAUGCUCAUCACAUAUCGUGAGAGGAAUAAAAGCUGUCAAAAGUGCCUGUAUUAUUUUCAAGAACAUCCGUAGCUAAAAAUUAUCAUGCAGUAACGAUUUGAUUUUCUGGAAUGGUUUAAAAGAUGCGAUUAGAAUUGGAAGUUCAUGGACAUUUUCUUUCCUUUGCACCAGCACAAGAAAUUAAGGAGUUACAGUUAGAUAUAGAAAAUUGCGUUCUACAUUCACCAAAUUGGAUUUAUGAAGAAACACUGUAAAUUUACAUGUAAAGAGUGAUCAACAGGGUUAUUAGCACUACCAAAGUGUGAAAUGUCUAUUUUUGUAAAAUUGAAAUUGAUGUAUUUAUUUAUACUUUUUUUGGAUACCAUCAGCUUGCUGUUUUGUAGUUCUUUUCUUAUUAAGCAUAUCCAUAAUUACAUUUUGUAUGGUGAUUACUGAAUAGAUAUGCAUUCUUUUUUACACUCGC